CGCUGAAUAUACGCGACUUGAGCAUCCUCAUCUUCUCUCCUCCCAUCCUUCAUCCCACCAGCUCACAUUGCAUCUUCAUCAUCAUGGCAAAGUUCCGGUCCUUGUUGCUCGUCACCCUGCUGGCGUCCCUCUCAACAGUCUUUGCAGAAUCAUGGAAGCUUAACGACAUCAACCUCCAGCUCAUAUCCAAGGACGGCUCCAAGAAGGCGGACCACAAGCUGGAUUACCCAAAUGUAGUUGAUAACUUGUCAGCUGAACCAACAGAUUCGCUCAAGUUCUCCUUCAAGGUCGAGAACAGCGCACGACCUCAUCAGGCCAUGGUUCUCUUUCAGAGUCAGGAUGAGUUCCAGGAUGAGAUCUUGGUUGCUGCCUCUGUCAAGUCUUCAGGAAAAGGACGCCUUAGUCUUAACUUUGCCAAGGCCGAUCCCAAGUUCAAAUAUGGCACUCGCAAGUACUCUAUGACCUUCCUUGUCGGUGGUCUCAAGGUCGACGAGCCCUUCAAGUAUGAGCUUGGCCAGAUUGAGAUCAAGGGGCCCGCCACCAACCCUCUUUCUCGCCCCAGCCAUGUCGAGUACAAGGCUCAGCCCGAGAUCCACCAUCAAUUCCGUCCUGACCAGAAGCUGAUCAACAUCGCUAUCUCUGGCGCAUUCACGCUCCUUGUCCUCACACCAUUCGCAGUCCUCUUCUCUCUUUGGAGCAAACUGGAUAUUAAGUUUGAGCCGCUCAAGUCUUUGGUUUCGAAACCCCUGGAUCUCGUUGCCGCAGUUACAUUUUUUGGAUCAUUGGCAGGAAUUGAGUACGUCUUUUACUCGUACUGGACCCAUGUCACUCUGUUCCCUGUCUUGCAGUACCUUGGUGUCCUGUCCCUGGUGGCUAUUUUCUCAGGACGCUCAGUUCUCUCAACAGUUCAGACACGUCGACUCCAACGCACGGCUGGCUCGGCGAAGAAGGAGCUGUAAAGAGCUGUUUGGCUUCAUUAGAAGACAGCCUAUUGUAUGCUGCACUGGAUUGCAGCUGAAAUUUGAUCACUCCUUCUGGGAACGUCAACUUCUUAAGGAUAUGUAAUGACAAGUGAAAUAAAACCAUUUGAUGAUCA